GCGUGUUGAUGACUGCAUAGCCUCUCUGUCAUAAGCGACCUGCAGGCGCACGGUUCGUUUGCGGGCUGCAUGGGGAGACGACCGCAGAUCCACCGGGCAGCAUGCGGGCCUCCAUCCGGAUUUUUCCCGUAGAUACACAGCAGCGUUGAUUAACUUUUACCAAGUACAUGUCUCUCAAAGCGGACUUGGACUGCCGUUAAAGUUUUAUUAUAACUGAAGAAGCUACAACAAGCAACAUGGCGACCGCCUGAGACAACGUCGCGAUGGAUCCGUGGAGCCUGCUGCCCCCCCCCCUCCCUAACCUGUCCGAGCCCCUAAUGUAUGACACCUUCUUUCUGGGCAACGAGUCGGACACAGUGCCCAGGAACGGUACCCCGGAAGGGGGCCGACACACCUUUGAUAAGACCGGCACAGCGGUAAUCACCUUCCUAUACUUUGCCGUGUGCACCAUGGGGCUCUGCGGAAAUGCCCUGGUCAUCUACGUCAUCCUUCGCUACGCCAAGAUGAAGACGGUCACCAACAUCUACAUCCUGAACCUGGCGGUGGCUGACGUCCUGUGCAUGCUCAGCCUGCCCUUCAUCGCCAUCCAGCUGGCGCUGGUCCAUUGGCCCUUCGGCGGGGCCCUGUGCCGGGUCGUCAUGACCGUGGACUCGCUCAACCAGUUCACCAGCAUCUUCUGCUUGACGGUGAUGAGCAUCGACCGCUACCUGGCCGUGGUGCACCCCAUAACGUCCACCAAGUGGAGGAAGCCCCGCGUGGCCAAGAUGAUCAACUUGGCCGUGUGGGGGGUGUCGCUGCUGGUCAACCUGCCCGUUGUCAUCUACGGCAGCUUGAUGACGACCAAGGACAAUGCUCACUUCUGCACCAUUGUCUGGCCUGAGCCGCAGGAAGCAUACUACACAGCGUUCAUCUUCUACACCUUCCUCCUGGGCUUCUUCCUGCCGCUCGCCGUCAUCUGCAUGUGUUACCUGCUGAUCAUCAUCAAGGUCAAGUCCUCUGGGAUCCGGGUGGGCUCCUCCAAGAGGAAGCGAUCGGAGCGCAAGGUGACGCGCAUGGUCUCCAUCGUGGUGGCGGUGUUCAUGCUCUGUUGGCUGCCCUUCUACAUCUUCAACGUCACCUCGGUGACGGGCACCAUCAGCACCACGCCGGCGCUGAAGAGCAUCUUCGACUUCGUGGUGGUGCUGGGCUACACCAACAGCUGCGCCAACCCUGUCCUCUACGCCUUCCUGUCGGACAACUUCAAGAAGAGCUUCCAGAACGUUCUCUGCCUGAGGAGGUCGGGUGGCCUGGACGAGAUGGAGCGCAGUGACAGUCGGGUGGACAGGACCCGCGGGGUCAAUGACAGCGGUCCUGAGAUGCAGAACACAUUGCUUAAUGGGGACCUACAGACCAGCAUCUGAGAAGGACGUCCCUGUCAACCAGGGCUGAUGCUCUCUCAUCUUCACAGGCCAAAAUGUUUGCUGCCUCUGGGAAAAUAUGGGGUCUCAGACCUAAGUAAACACCUCCUAAGGUUUUGGGAACCCCCUUCUCCCAUCUGAUGCAUCUGAAGUCUGUUUCAAAUUCAUAGGCAAAAAAAAAAUAAUGCUUCUUCUUUUUCCGGGGGCUGAUACUAAUCGCUCUCGGACUGUGAGGUCGCUGCAUGAAGGCACUCGAGCUGAACUGGGUGCAGGACAGGACGUCCACAGACGGCGGAGAUGCGGCGUCCCUCUGAUAUUAUUCCUGUCAACUGCUGCCAGCUUUUACUCUUUUUAACACAGCUAGCAGAAGGUGCUGCUGCCCCUCCAGUUUAGUGGAAAAUUAUAUGUCUGAAUAAAUUUCACGUACAUGCUUUUUGCACAUCCUCCUGCAACAUUAGAUAAGUCUUACUGAAAUUGUUUUGACAUAAACCUUUUUCGUGGUCCUGGUUUCAACUGAAGCCUUUUUAAAGGCUCUCUUUUCAAUGCAGGGCAUGUUCAGGAUCUUCAUUAUGCCGCAAGUUUUUGCAGUUUCUUCAGGGUCCUGAUUUUCAUGUAAGGUUUCUUCACAGAAUUGGAUUUUUUUGUGUGUCAGGCUUGUAAAAUCAGCUUCGGUCGUCGUCCUUCUGCUGCCUAUCGAGUAAUCUGAGCGGAUGUGUGUUUCGAUCGCACCCUCUAUUAAUUCAGCUUUUUCUGUGCCUGCUUACGGACACGCCAGGGCUGCCCCCCCCCCCAACACAGAAACCCCUUCGCCGUUCUUUCCUUCUUCAGGUCCUCAUCCUCUUUGGAAGCUGUCAUUCUCCAUUUGCAACCUGAAAGCUGGAGACGUAUAUUACAAUUACCGUUCCAUCUCUCAGUCUGUCGCUUCGACUCACGUGGGACUUCCUGUUUUGUUUGCAUCUGGGGAAACAUUUAUUGCUAAUUAUGCAUCGCCUGAUAAAAACAGCACUAAUUACUUGCCUUAUUAAUGUUUUUUGUUCUUUUUUGUCCAGGCGGUAUUUAUUCAUUCGGAAAUAAAGCUGUGGAGAUGUUAUUUUCUUCUUUUUUCCCCUGUGGGGGGCCUAAACACAGCGUCAUUGCCUUGGGGGGUCUGAUUCACAGAAGACAAUUGAUGGGACACACAAAAAGAACAAAAUGUCAGUCUGUAUGUCUCCGUUCAUGGUGACGGUCGUUAAAAAGCAGGGCGUCAACAAUCACGCCUCCUUCUGGCGGUUUUCUUUGCGCUGACGCUUGGAGACCUGCUACUACCUGGGAGACCAUCAAAGGCCUGCCGCACAGCAGGGUUAUGGCGCGACACAGCGCCGCAUCGUGAUAGGCCCGUUUACCUGUCACUUUCACAGCGAAACUGACGUAGACCAAUAACUCAGCAUUAGCUAAAGAGACCCGCCCACUUAAGAACCUUAAAAGUUGAGCACCAUGUUUGCUAGCAGACUAUGGGAAGGGAGUAUCAGCGCCUGUUAUAGCUGUUUGUCUGGUGAAUCGGGGGGCGUUGUCUUUAUGAGGGCAACAUUCCAGUCAAUGGACUAGACCUGACGAGUCGAUGGACGAUACUGUACCGCCACACCUUUGUUUGACCAUAGAGUGACAUCCCGUAAGGGAGGGGCCAUGCGUUAAAUGCGCAGUGUGUACAAGUUACCAGGAGCUGCUCUGGAGGGGUCUCAUGCAGUGCAGUGUUUUGCCUGAAAAUGCCCCCCCCCCCUGCCCCACAUGUUCAUUCUUGUAACUGGGGUAGCACCAGCUGAGUAAAAUCCAGUCCAAUGCCAGUACCUACGGGGAGGAGGCAGUGUGGGUGAAGGAUAUGUUGGGAUGCAGACUAACUUACAGUUCACCUGUGUGCGUGGCCGGGAUGCUGGUGUGUUACACAUGUAAUAUAUUAAUUCCAUGGUGUGUGUCAGGCGUGUGUGGGGGGUGUGUACAUGCUUCCUGCACAUGUACGAAUUUAUUCAUUCAAUGAUGUCAAAUGACAAUGGCAUGAUGCCAGCCAGCGGUGGGACCCCUAUUUUCUUACCUGUCUUUAUCGCCGAGCUGAGCCAAUCACGGCCUUCGGAGAGAUGGCAUGUUGUCACGACGACGGCGGGCUGCCUGUCAGCCACUGUGUUCUGUCACUUCUCGCCGAGUAGCCGUGACAUACAGCUGCCCCCCGGACAAGAAGACCACGCUACGGGUGCGCGCCUGCCUCUUUAAGCUCGCCGAGGAACAACGGCCACCUCCGAAAAACUAUAGACAGACAGGUCUCCAUGCUGUCACUCUCCACAGUAGUUUUUUUCUGACAUUUUGUGCCCUUGUCCUUCAGCAGGUUGCAGAAGAUGCCACGUGUUACUAAAGCUGCUUUCUGAGGACAACAGAGACUUGGGAAGAACCCGCACUGACAGCGUCAUAAUGCUAUAGAAGGAGUCACCAGCUAUCGACUUCAUGCUUUUCUCAUGUACAGUGCUGUGCAAAAGUCUGCGGCGGCCUAAAGAAAACGAUGUUUAAAUGACCUUCAUGUUCGCGUAAAACUAUGAUAUUAUGUCUGUCAAGGUGUGUCAGCUUAGCCCUUUCAAGGCGUCUCCUAAAGUAUUUGCAGCAACAAUCCAAUACACCCAUGUAUUUUUUACCUCGACCACUAGCCUUAAAUGUCUAAUCAAUACCUCAUUGAGUUAUUUAACUAAUUAAAUUGAUUAAUCAGUUGAGCUGGUAGUGAAAUUUAGCGAAUAUAUGGAAUGGCUGGGGUGGCCCUGAGGAGAGGUUUGGGAGCUGAAGUGAUGUUCAUCUAGCCGUCCAACUAGGUGUCAGCCACUUUUCGGAGAACAGAAAAAUUCUCGUUAGUAUUUAUUGUGUUAAAUUGCAUAUGUUUUAAUGUUAAGCUGUGUAUUUUCCUGAGCAAAUAUACACUUAGCACCCAGAUAAAUAGCAUUGAACAUUUUCUUUGACUGCCUAAGACUUUUGCACAGUGCUGUAUGUUACUGGAUGAGUUCACAGUGACCCUAACCCCCCCCCCCCCACGGUAUAGGCAGGGGACAGGGAGAUAUGGGAAAAUGGGAGUCACAAGUUCAUCUGUGAGGACACUGACAGACUCCCAAAAGACGCCCACUAGAACAUAUGGCUUCCAUGCGUGCAACAGCGCCACCUGCUGAUCUAAGAGUGUUAUUUUAUCAGAGAG